UCACCACGGUACCUAACCUCUAAUUGUACUCCAACUUGUCCUAAACGACAGUUGUGAAUAUUUUCACAUCCGUGCGUCUCACACGCUUCCCUUUUCAACGCUACGCGUAAGCUACGGAGAGAAUUGUAGAACACGCACGCAACUUACCCGAAAGCGUUGCGUUUCAAUCGCGACGCUCGCGAAUCCGUGAAUUAGCGGUUCAUUUCGCGUUGAGGUUAGACCGACGAAGUAAAUUUCCCCGGAGUCUUCGGGGAAAGAGAGGAAGACCAUGCGCCCGGCUGUGUAGCGGACGAUAAGAGCGAAGGGACGCCCCUCGUCCUCGCUCGUCUCAUUCAACAGUGUGCGACUCUUCUCGCGACCGACACAAUCCAGCAUGACCGCGCCGAUCAGCACUGCCAUGGAUAGCCUGAGCGCCGCUCUCAAGUCCAACAUCAUCCCCAACCAGGAGUACCUGCUUCAGGGCUCGGUACUGGAUUCCUCCGUGGAAGUGUUGCUGCACAGACUUCGCGGCUUGUGCGACAACGUGGACCACGGGCCAGAGGGCUUCAACGACCACGAGAUGUGCUUCAGCAUCCGCAGGGGCUCCCCGCAGGAACAGCCGCUGCUGCUGCGAGUGCGACGUGCUGUGGAUCCGGGCUACGCGGACAUGCCGUGGCAGCUGCGCUACAUCGGCCAGCCCGAGCUGGGCGACAAGUCGCGGCCGACGAUCGUUCGCAGCAGCAUCGACAUCGCCACCAGCAACACCGUGGUGGAGUUCCUGACCGAGCUGGGCUGCAAGCUGGACUUCGAGUACAUUACCCGCGGCUACAUGUUCCGCAAGGGUCGGAUGAAGAUCACCGUAUCGAAGAUCAUCAAGGUGAACCAAGGUAAAGUCCUGGAGCCGAUGUCGGAGAUGAUUUCGCAGAGUUACCUGGUAGAACUGAGCGUGUUGGCUCCCAGCGGACAGGACGCCAUUGCGGAGGACAUGAGGAUAUUCGCGGAACAGCUGCGACCUUUGGUACAAUUGGAGAAGAUCGAUUACAAACGAUUAGUUCAUUAAUUGGAAUAUUGUUCCGUCACAAGAAAUCGCUUCUAGAUGAGAUCUCGUGUGAACUUUAGUACGUCGAAAAAUGGAGAUAUUCGCCUUGUAGUGUGCUGAAUAAAAAGACGACGGAAUUUUUCGGUAAUUUAAGAAAAUUGACAACAUUUCUUAUUUUAUUAUUAAGAGUAUUCUUAAUAAUUUCUUAUUUUAACAAGAAUUUUGAACAAACGGAUAAGAAUUUGGUUAAAAAUUGAUUAGUCGAAUCGAAGUCCUUUUGAUGUUGAUGCGCAAAUAAGCGGUUGAUAUCAAAUACUGAUAUUUUUGUCAUCUUUGAUCUUGUCAUAGCUAUUUUUAUGUAAAUGGCUCAAUUAUGAAGUGCGCUGUGUGCGACAUAAAACUGGCCAGAAGAUAUAGAAGUCUUAUAGAAAUAUAUAUUUUUAUUUAAGGGUUUAUUUUCAUUCAGAGGCCAAAUUGACUGCUUUUGGAAGUGGAUUGUGAAGACGUUAUACAACCGAUUGAAAUAAAUCUUUAUUUGUUUUAA